CGCAUACCUUUCUGUUUCACCUCUCCACUCCGUGGUCGGUUCGGUUGAGGCUAUUCACCCGUCUGUCUUCCUACACGUGUGUGUCGUUCGUGUCAUUUGACGUUUGUGUUGUGAUUGUGUGGUACUCGCAGUGUCCAGUUGUUGCUAGCUGGUACUUUAUUGUCGUUCAGUGUUACUGUGUGUUCAUGUAGUCGCAUUUGGAUUUCUACUUGAAGAUGAGUGAUUUUGAGCGGAUUCGCCGGACCUGUGUGAAGCGGGGAGAGCUCUGGGAAGACCCGGAGUUCCCCGCCACUCAAACUUCUGUCUUCUACCACCAGACACCACCCUUCCAGUUUGUGUGGAAGCGACCCAAGGAGCUGUGUACGAGACCCCUGUUCGUUCACGAUGCUCCCGGCCAGUUUGAUAUCGGCGCUGGGAAAAUGGAAACCAUCAAACAAGUACCGAAUAUCCCGGACAACGCGGCGGAUUCCCUAGCCCAGUCGGUCGGAUAUCCAGCCACACGCGAGGCCGAGGAUGUCGUAUCUUCCGCAGACCGACCGAUAACAAUGUUCAGGUCCUUGGCCACCGAGUCUACAGGAUGGCCGACAAGUGGCAGCACGGCCCGCCAUGGCACCGCUCAUCACAGCGCCAUGAUUGUAUGGUGUGAGCGACGAGGCCAACAAGUGACAGCACUGCCCGCCAUGGCACCGCUCAUCACAGCGCCACGAUUACAUGGUGUGAGCGGUGAGGUAGGACGCAUCAUAAAAUAUUUAUUACGAGUGUCGAGUGUCCAGUUAUCCCGGAAUGUGAACUGUCUCCAGGCCGACAAGUGGCAGCACGGCCCGCCAUGGCACCGCUCAUCACAGCGCCAUGAUUGCAUGGUGCCGACAAGUGGCAGCACGGCCCGCCAUGGCACCGCUCAUCACAGCGCCAUGAUUGCAUGGUGUGAGCGGCCGACAAGUGGCAGCACGGCCCGCCAUGGCACCGCUCAUCACAGCGCCAUGAUUGCAUGGUGUGAGCGGCCGACAAGUGGCAGCACGGCCCGCCAUGGCACCGCUCAUCACAGCGCCAUGAUUGUAUGGUGUGAGCGGCGAGGUAGGACGCAUCAUAAAACAUUUAUUGCGAGUGUCGAGUGUCCAGUUAUCCCGGAAUGUGAACUGUCCCCAGGCCGACAAGUGGCAGCACGGCCCGCCAUGGCACCGGUCAGAAAUCAAGUGGAGAAACUGGCCAAUGGCAUUCAAAUAGGAACAAAUUACAGACUGUAUGCCAUAGAAAGGGUGGAGACAUUCAAUGGUGAGCCAGUACAGGUGGUGAGGCUACGAAAUCCUCUAGGGGUGGUGGGGGGAGAGUACGUUGGGGCCUGGUCCCGGGAUUCCACAGAGUGGGACGAGAUACCACCACAGGAGAAGGAAAGGCUGGCAGUGCGUCACAUGGCCGAUGGAGAGUUCUGGAUAUCCUACUCCGAUUUUGUGAAGACAUUCACCCAUCUAGAGGCUGUACACUUGGACAAUGACACGUCCAGAGACGAGCCAUCACUUCACAACAAACAGACAUGGCAGAUGAGGUUAUACCAGGGGGCAUGGCAGCGUGGUGUGUCAGCAGGAGGCUGCAGGAACAACCCUGACACAUUUCACAUUAAUCCACAACUGCAUCUGAUUCUGAGUGAGAUGGAGGAAGUCAUCAUUUCUCUUAACCAACACAGUAUUAUGGAGCCUAAGGUGAUAGGCUUCACAGGGUACUCUUUGCCCAAGAACAGUCUCGAGUCAAUAGGGAAGGCUUUCUUCAAAAAAAACAAAUCACUUGUAAACUCACAAUAUACCAACAGUCGACAGGUCAGUCACCGAUGCCAGCUGGAGCAGGGAGGUUACCUCGUGUUGCCAACAACCUUCGAGCCUGGACAGGAAUCCAGUUUCACCCUUCGAGUCUACUCCAGUAAACCUCUCAAGUUGAAGUUAUUGGAUACCCAACCAUCACUAGUCAAGUGUGCUAUAAUAAAGGCUCCAGCAACUCUGGAAGGUAAGAGUUUUACGCAGUAUGAGGCUGUGUUUCUCCAGCUGGCAGACGAGCACAGAACUGUCAAUGCAUUUGAACUACAAGAGCUGCUUGAUGCAUGUUUACCGAAUGACUACAUAAAGAGUUGUGCCUGUAUGGAAGUGUGUCGCCAGGUCGUUCUCACCCUAGAUAAUACUGGCAGUGGUCGGUUAAAACUUGGUGAUUUCAAGGAUCUAAUGUGCAGCCUCAAGUAUUGGCAGACAGCUUUCAAAAACCACACCAAGGAAAAAACUGGCAUCCUUAAAGCAGAGAGGCUCAAAGAUGCUCUUCUUGAAGUCGGGUUCCAACUAAGCACAGAUGUUCUGUCUAUCCUGGUUCUGCGUUACAUGAGAAAAGAUGGCACGCUUCGAUUUGGAGAUUUUGUUUCAGCAAUUCUGCAUCUCAGUGUUGCUUUCAAUGUAUUUGAGUCAAAAGAUCCACUUCAGAAUGGUAGCAUAAAACUCACACUGGCGGAGUGGCUGAAGUCUUCAUUGAUGUGCUGACGUCAAGUUCAAGGAUCGGAAAGAAGCUCUCUUCCUUGGUUUUCAACUUCUCUGUUGAAUCUUUAUAGUUUUCCAAGAAGUGUAAUGGAUGUAUAAUUGAGCCCUUUAAUAUUUCAAUGUGUGUAUCAUAAAUGACUAUAUUGAAAGUCAGUGUAAGGGUGGAUGUUUCACUACUUCAUUACAAUAACAAUAUAUUAAAUGAAAGAUGCAAAGCUCUCAAUUGCUAAGCUUACAAUCAUGAAUUAUUUUGGAAAAAUAGAACAUAUUUUAUUAAUACAGUACAUGUAUAUUUCUAGAUAUAAAUUAUUGAAUUUUCCAAAAUUACGUGUUUGUAAGUUUAUUUUGUUUUAAUAGAGUAAUAAACAAAGACAUAUCUUUAAAAAUGAAUGAUCUUUGUUACUUUAUUUUGAUAAUAUACAUUAAUAACACUAUUGUAAAUAUCUAUAAGUUGAGAAUCCUGUUUCCUCUAUCUUAGUAUACAUUAUAACUGAUAAUGUAUUCAUUUCUUUCCAGUCUGAAAAAUAUGACAAAACAUUGUAAAUAUGAUGUACUUUAUUACUGUAAUUUUUGUGUGAAUAUUUCUAUACAUUGUUACUAUUGUCUUAUUUUGUAUAAAUAACACUGAUACUUAUUUGUUGAUAUAAGAUUAUGUAAUAAAGAAUUCUGUAUGUGACAAAUAA